AUGGCAAGUUCGAGUGCCAUCCUGGAGACCUACGAGCUGUGUUGGGCUUCGUGGGCUGGUGAGCCUGAGGUUGGAGUCAUCGUGGACAGGGCCAAGAGUUUCCUUGGCAGUUUCUCUGAGUACAUCGCGAGUCGCGGCUGCCGUUUCGACUCGGCCGCCAAGGCAGCAGCAUGGCAUAUCGCCAAAGUCGAGCGUCAUGGAGAUCUUUGGCAAGCCAUGUGGAGGAGAGUCGUGUGGGCCAAGCAUGUAGCGGGUUGCGAGGACGUCUUGAAGGCGGUGAUUGAGAUCAACCAGGCAAAGAAUUCUUUGAGCAGAAGAUCGGGUUUCUCACCAGCGCAGUGGGUACUUGGUCGAGACAUGCGUUUACCGGCAGACUUGAUGGGCGACGGCGAGGUGGAGCGCAUUGGAGCAGUGGCAGCAGUGGCGAAUGAGGACGCCAUCAAGCGGGCAGAACUUCGACAAGUACGACCAGAGCGUGGACCCUUCAAUGUCGGUGACUGGGUGCUCUACUACGAUCAGAGGGAGCAAGGAAAGAUACCCGAGAGUGUCAUCAACUGGAGAGGAGUUGCAAGGGUCAUCGGUCACGAGGGCAAGCACACUAUCUGGAUCGUGCACCGGGGUAUCACAAUCGCUUGUGCACCGGAGCAUCUCGCGAAGGCUUCAGAUGAGGAGGUCAGAGCCUGGCUUGUGACGGCGCAGGAAGCGGAUCUGAUCGACACCGCGGGAUGCCACCAGACUUUCGUGAAGACGGAGUUCCUGUACAGCCAGAGCCAGCGGCAGCGCAGCCACCUCCGGAGGCACCACCACCUGAGGUGCCACAGCCGAGUGGGAAGGAAGAAGUUCCAGCGCCACAGCCAGAAGCAGCAGAGCAACAAGAAGUGCCAGAAACACUUCGACAGGGCGGACCACCUGUACCUGAGGAGCCAGCUGGCGGCGUUCAAUGUCUACGACGACAGUAACCACAUGCUGGAGGCGGCCUACAUGACCUAUGAGGCGAAUCAGACCUUCUACGGGGAGCGCGGCAUCAGCAAGGAGGUCCUAGGCUUCGGAGUGGAGAGGAACGAGUUCGAGUACGCCUGCCAAGUCGGCCAGACUACCGCGAAGAAGGGCAGAAAGGCGAUGAGGUUGAAGGAGCUCAACGAGGAACAGCGCAGGAUGUUUACAGGACCUGGAGGUUCCGACCAGAAGGAGUGGGAGUCAUGGCAGGACUUGGAUGCUUGCGAGACCCUCGAUGUGGCGGAGAGCGAGAAGAUCUGGGAGACCAAGAGCGACCUUAUCAUCCCGGCCAAGUGGGUCAGGACAAACAAGAGCGAGGGCACCGUCGAAGGUGGAUUCGGGGCGAAGCCGAGGAUGGUGGUUCAGGGUUUCAAGGACAAGAGUCUUGGAGAGUACCGAAGGGACGCCCCUACAGCUUCGAAGCUCGCGGAGGCGAUGGUUCUUCUGGUGAUUGCAAGUACCAACAUGAUCAUGAGUUGCGGUGAUGUCAAGAAUGCCUAUGUUUCUGGACGCGGGAUUGGACGUGAGGCUUACAUCAGCCAGCCCCGAGGGGGACUUCCUGGCUUACAUCCCAGACAGCUUCUGAAGGCCAAGAAGGCAAUCUACGGUUUCGCGGAGGCGGCACGUUUAUUUUGGUUGGCUUUUUGUGAAGUGUUGGAGAAGGAUGGAUGGGUUCAAUCAGUCUUGGAACCAGCGUUAUUUUACUUGAGAGAUGACAGUGGCAUGCUGGUUGGGAUUAUGUGCACUCAUGUAGAUGAUUUGUUAGCGGGUGUUCUUGCAGAGUUUGAGAAGACAGCUUUCAAGUUUACGAGGGAGAAAUUGAAUUUCUCGAAGUGGCAGAAGGAGGAGUUUGUUUUCCGCGGUCGCGAGAUCAAGAGAAUGACGAAUGGCGAGGUCGGAGUCAUGAUGAAGGGUUACAGCCUGAAUAUGAAAGGCGUGACGAUACCCAGAGAUCGACGGAAGGAGCUCGCCAGCCCGCUGAAUGAGACGGAGAUCACUUCACUGCGACAAGCUACGGGUGAGAUCUCCUGGCUGGCGCGACAACUACGAGCGCAUCUAGCAUUUCAAGCAGGACACGCACAGCGAGCUAUGGUGGCUCCAUGUGUGGCGGAUCUAGUGAAGGUCAACAAGGCGAUACAUGAUGGAAAGCGAGGAGCGGACUACAUGCAGAAGUUCCCGACGGGGAUCCACUUGUCCAAGUCGGUAGUGGUCAUCAUGUGCGAUUCAGGACACGCGAAUGGUAACCCAGAGAGCGACGAGAUUAGCAGAUACAAGAGCAUUGGAGGACAUAUGCUGUUUAUUGCCGAGGAAGAAGUGCUCAGUGGAAAGUUGGUCAGAGCUGCAAUGAUGGACUAUAGUUCGAAGUCGACUCAACGCGUGUGCCGGAGCACGUUAGCUGCGGAGGCAUCCCAUUUAGCAGAUUCGCUUGAAGCUGGAUAA